AUGUGGAUGGGACGAUGUGCACGACUUGCGGCCCGUGCCGGUUGCUUGUUGGAAAAUCAGGCAGCUUUUCCUCAGCGCGCAGCCCUACUGAGCACCAUGCGGCAGGUGAAAUUUCUCGAGGACACAAUCUUCCCGCCGGAGAAUGGGUUGGAGCAGAACUCACUGUACGGCAAUAACAUUCCGAUACCGCAAGUUACGCUGGACCGGUACCUGUGGGAUCAGUUCAGCAAUUGGACCAACAAGACUGCUGUGGUUUGCGGCAUUACUGGACGUAGCUAUACCUAUGGAACGUUGCGCGAUCAUUGUGCGGCUCUUGCGAUUCGAUUGCAGCGCAAGCUGAAGCUCACAUCCAGCAAUACGCUUGCGAUUUGCCUGCCCAACAUUCCAGAGUUCCCGCUCGUCACGUUCGGUGCUAUCGAGGCUGGUCUGAUUGUGACGACCAUUAAUCCGAUCUACACGGCAGAGGAAAUUUCUCGACAGCUCGUGGACAGUGAUGCCAAGAUUCUGAUCGGGCUGGCUUCCAACUAUGCAGUAUUAAAAGAGGCAGCCGAGCAGGCCAAACGUGACAUACCGAUCGUCUGCAUCCGGUGCACUAACGACGAAAGUCUUCCAGACGGUGCUAUCGACUUUUUCGAGCUUUCGAACCCGAAAGGUAUUCACUAUAGUGAGCUGCGCCAACAUGACCGCACGGCAGAUGAUGUCGUCUUUCUGCCGUACUCCUCCGGCACUACCGGUCUCCCGAAAGGUGUCGAGCUGACGCAUCUGAACAUUGUGGCCAACAGUGAGAUGCUUGGUGUGAAGGCUGGCAAUGGAACGGUCGUGUUACCGACGACGGAUACCUUCCAGGAUGUGCUGCCGUGUGUGCUUCCGUUCUUCCACAUUUACGGGUUGACGGUGACGAUGAUCUCGAAGCUGCAGCUGGGCUGUAAGCUGGUAACGUUGCCCAACUUCAAACCCGACACGUUCCUAAAUGCUCUUGCCGAACACAAGGGCUCGGUGCUGCAUCUCGUACCCCCGAUAAUCAUUUUCCUUGGACACCACGAAGGCGUUAAACCAAAGCACACGGAAUCGAUCCGGAACGUAUUUUCCGGUGCCGCCCCCAUGGGAACUCCGGACGCGGAACGUUUCACAGCCCGAGCUCCACACGCCGAAUUCAUUCAGGGUUACGGAUUAACCGAAACGGCACCUGUUGUGAUGAUGGGAGCGCUUGGUUCUCGAAAUUACGCCUCAGUCGGAUCACCCUGUCCGCGCACACAGGCGAAGAUUGUCGAUUUGAAUGAUCCCACCAAUACUGCUCUCGGUCCAAACAUGUCCGGUGAGUUGUUGGUGCGCGGCCCACAAGUGAUGAAGGGCUACCACAACAAUCGCAAGGCAACGGAGGAUAUGAUCAUCGAGGGUGGUUGGUUGCGUACCGGUGAUAUCGCGCACUACGAUGACAAUCUGCAGUUCUACAUCACCGACCGGCUGAAGGAACUGAUCAAGGUGAAGGGCUUCCAGGUGCCACCGGCUGAGUUGGAGGAGCUGUUGCGCUCGCACGAAUCGGUCGUUGAUGCGGCCGUCGUUGGUAUGCCGCAUCCAGUCGCUGGUGAGGUACCGCGUGCGUUCGUUGUCGCCAAACCGGGCUCCCGGGUAACGGAAGACGAGCUGAAGGCGUUCAUCGCGGAAAAGGUGGCCGUGUACAAGCGGCUCGAUGGAGGUGUUACCUUCCUGGACAGUAUUCCAAAGAACGCAUCGGGCAAGAUCUUGCGGCGGCAGAUUAAGCUGGAGCACUGCUCUUAGGACAGUUUCCGCUGAGCGAUGGUG